AUGACACUGGCAACCUUCUUAAAGGUUAAUCUGCCUAAGUUCAAGGAAACCACCAAUUCGACUGAAGCGGAUACUUGGUUUCAGGCAAUGGAGCGAGUACUGCAAGCGCAGUUGGUACCUGAGGAGCAGUGUGUUGAAUUUGCUACCUAUCUAUUCACUGGGGAAGCAUCACAUUGGUGGCAGGGAGCCCGACGUCUCCUGCAACAGGGGAAUGACCCUAUCACAUGGGAUGCCUUCCAGGUGGAAUUCUAUAAGAAAUACUUUCCGAAUUCUGCCAAGAUGGCCAAGGAACUUGAGUUACUGCAGCUGAAACAGGGUGCUAUGUCCCUAUUGGAGUAUACAGACAAAUUUGAGGAGCUAUUCAGGUUUUCCCACAUGUGUCAGGGAGCUACAGGAGACUUCGAGGAAUGGAAGUGCAUUAAGUAUUAA